CCCCCCUCCCGAGCAUUGUUGUGUCAAGACGUGAAAUGUCACAUUGCUCAGUGACGCAACUCACCUUCCUCAUACGCAUACACACCUUGGGUAACGCCGUCUAGCGAGCUUGGGAACCGUGCGGGCCUGCCUUUGACACGUACAGUGAAACGCGUAACGCCUGCCCGUGUGUGCCAGCGCUGGCCGAUAGGGGCAAUGAGUCGGACACAACGCACACAAUAAUACGGCCGAUUUGGACGAGAGCGCGCGCGCCCCGUGUUGCCAUUCUUCCGAACUUUUUGAAUAGAACGAAAGUCUUGUGUAACGUGUUGGCCCAGUGAAUGAAUUAUGAAUGUCUAGAAACGGCGGCGGCAGAGGGGGUCCACUCUGGAACGUUGUCUUGCGUAAACGGAACGCUCCUUGCGCGAAUAGAACACUUAGUACUGAAGACUGUUUGCUAUUUGAAAAAAAAGAAAAAAAAAACAUAACAGCGUAUGCUUGUCCGGUAACUGACGCGUUUGAAAGAAUCCGCCAUCAACCGCAAUCAACUUUGUCGUUCAGCCCGCCAACCGAAAAAGAAACACCUCCUAGGAGAGGGAGUUCCUCUGGAGCGUGAGCACCCCCCGUGCGAGCGUAUGACCGGUAGCAGAUAUUCCCGCCGUGCAGUGAAACCCAAAGCAAGCGGCUGUUAUCUGAGCGGCGGUGCGCCCCAACACGAGCAGGGCAAAUCCGGCAUGUCGUGCGGCGCACCGGGCAGAAGGUUCGCACUCGGCAGCAGGUUCGCAACCGGCACCAGCUAAAAGAUGACGAUCAUCGUGUUCCUGGUGGACACGUCCGCCUCGAUGUGCCAGCGGGCGCUGGUGAACGGUGUGCAGAAGACGUACCUCGACAUCGCCAAGGGUGCGGUGGAAACGUUCCUCAAGUUCCGGCAGCGAUCGCAGGACUGCAUGGGCGACCGGUACAUGCUGCUCACGUUCGAGGAUCCGCCGAACAACGUGAAGGCGGGCUGGAAGGAGAACCACGCCACCUUCAUGAACGAGCUGAAGAACCUGCAGAGCAACGGGCUGACGUCGAUGGGCGAGGCGCUGAAGAACGCGUUCGAUCUGCUCAACCUGAACCGGAUGCAGUCCGGCAUCGACACGUACGGACAGGGCCGGUGCCCGUUCUACCUCGAGCCGUCCGUGAUCAUCGUGCUGACCGACGGCGGUAAGUACGCGUUCCGGAACGGGGUGCACCAGGAGAUCAUACUGCCGCUGCACGCCCAGAUGCCGGGCACGAAGCUGACGAAGGAGCCGUUCCGGUGGGACCAGCGGCUGUUCUCGCUGGUGCUGCGCAUGCCGGGCAACCGGGUGGAGGAGCGGGCGGACGGGAAGGUGCCGCACGACGACUCGAUGAUCGAGAAGAUGUGCGAGGUGACCGGGGGCCGGUCGUACAAGAUCAAGUCGCACUACGUGCUGAACCAGUGCAUCGAGAGCCUGGUGCAGAAGGUGCAGCCGGGCGUGGUGAUCCACUUCGACCAGCUGAUCGCGAACGGGGGCGACGGGGGCGGCGCGUCCGAGCUGCAGUUCCAGUCGACCAAGCGCAUGAUCUACGUGCCGAAGCAGCACCCGUCGCAGAAGACGUUCCCGGUCGGCUACUGGCCGAUACCGGAGCCGUACUGGCCGGACCCGAAGCUGACCAGUCUGCCGCCGCGCGACGCCCACCCGAAGAUCAAGAUCAUCUCGCCGUGCUGCGACGAGCCGCAGGUACUGCGCAACUUCCCGAUCGACAAGUACGAGCUGGAGGCGAGCCCGCUCACGCUGCAGAUCCUGUCGAAGAAGGAGUCGAACAAGGUGUGGCCGCUGAUCGUGUCGACCGGGAUGCAGGGCGAGAUGCCGUUCGGCUACCUCAAGCCGAACAGCACGCUGCCGAUCGUGCACCUGUACGUGCUGCCGUACAACUACCAGAUGCUGCUGCCGCUGAUCAACGAUCUGUUUCACAAGUUCAACCUGAACCCGCCGAACGACUGGGUGUACAAGUUUACCAACUACGUCAAGACGAUCCCGCAGUACUACUGUCCGUUCCUGCGGCGGGCGCUCGCCACCACCCCGAACGUGCCGUACCAGCUGGUUCAGUACAUACUGCCGGAGAAUCUCGACAGCUACCUGUGCCCGGCGGUGGCCAACUAUCUGAAGCAGAUGAAGAACACGGCCAAGCAGGACCAGGAGAAUCUGUGCCUGCGCGUGCUCAAGCAGCUGAAGCAGCCGAAACCGGCCUACCAUCAGCUCGAGACGGCGAAGCUGACCGGCGGCCAGCAGCUCAAGCGCGACAUCGUGACGCACCCGAUGCUGAAGGACACGUUCACCAAGAUGCACAUGGAGAUUGCCAGCUUCGACAGCUACACGAUCGUGAUACCGUCGAUCAUACAGACGGCGGCGACGAAAAACUACCGCAACCCGUACGACAUUCCGCGCCGCGACCUGAUCGACGAGAUUGCCCGGAUGCGGGAGAACUUCUUCCACCUGCCGACGAGCGGGAUCCACGUGUUCACCAAGGAUUCGGGCCACUGUCUGCCGAUCUCGGACAUGGGCAACUACCAGGAGUAUCUGAAGAACAAGGAGACGCCGCUCCGCGAGCUCGAGCCGACGAACGUGCGGCAGCACAUGUUUGGCAACCCGUACAAGAAGGACAAGAACAUGGUGAUGGUGGACGAGGCGGACCUGAACGAUCUCGCCCCGAUGAAGGCGAGCGGGCUGCCGGGCCCGCACCCGGGCAGCAGCCACAUGAAGAAAAGCCUCGAGCAGGGCACGGUGACGCGGGUGAGCCGGAAGCGCAAGGCGGGUCCGAUCCGGAAGGACUACGUGUUCAAGCGGUCCGCGAUGGAGCUGGCCAGCAGCAGCAGCAGCAGCGGCAGCAGCAGCGCGUCCGGCUCACUGUCGGGGGACGAGUCGAGCAUCGGCGACCCGCUGCUGACCGACGACGAGAGUGGUUCCGAGCUUAGCGGGUCCGGCAGCGACACCGAGGACGAUACCGAGGGCUGCCUGGUGAUGGCGCUCGACCCGCUCGACGACCCGCCCGGGGAGCUGGUUGUGCCGAACCACCACCGCGAGCCCCUGCCCGAGGGGGCCGGUGUGGCUGGGGGAGCGGCGGCGCCAACGGAAGCCACGGCGACGACGGCGACGGCGGCAGCACCGGGCGGAACUGGAGCGCACCCAAGCAUGGCGGAGGUGGCGGUGGCCGAGGUGAAGGUGGUAAUACGCCGUGCCGGCUCGCCUGGCAUCGUCGGCGAGAAGGAGCAGUCCCGAGCGGACGAAAGCGUCGCUUACUCGCCCAAAAAGCAAACGCACGAGCAGCAGCAGCAGCCCGACAGUAAGGUUGGUGCGCACGUGGCCGAAGCGGAGCCGGCAAAGAAGGUAGACAGGGACGCAACCGAGCCGGUGAGUGUGGACGGUGCGGGAGAGCGAGACGACGGGAAGAAGGAGAGCCUGCUGGUUGAGAGGGAGGAGACCGACGUCUUGGAGGAGAUGGAGCAGGAGGGCGAGGAGACGGCCGAGACAAACGUGCGGCAAGCGGAGCAAGUCGCGGAGCAGGCAAUUGCACCUAGACCGGACGGCAGCACGGACGGUGGGGUGAAACCGCACAUCGAGCUUACGGAACAAAGGGAGCGCAUGGUGGUGGAGCAGGCCGAGCAAGCGGCGGAAGAAGCGAAUGUACCGAUGGGAGCGCUGGGAGAGGAGCAGGCGGCGGCGGAUGGGGCUGCACCGCCACGCCCGGAAAGCGUCCAGGCGGACGAUCAUAUCGACACGAGCCACGAGCGGGUACGAGCGGAAGCGGAGCAAAGUGCGGCGGUACGGUUACAAGCGGACCAGACGGUGCAGCCGUCGCCGAGUGCGGCCGCGGAGGAGCCAGCGCACAGCGACGCAAUGGAAGUGGACGCGGAGCCUGAUCGGGCUGCGGUGGAGCCAGCACUACGGGCGGAGGAGCCGAAGCAAGCGGCGGAUCCGCUGGCUGAGCCUACCAAGUCGCUGACGGAGCCCGCAGUUUCGGAGCCCGCGCCCCAGCUACAAGCACAGCCGCAAGAGCAGCGGCCAACGUCCCGCCAUGCGUCGGUAGUGCAGUGGGGGAUGGAGGCGAGUGCGGCGGACGCAGCGGACGUACUGCGGAUGCAGGAGCAGGAACAGCAGGAGCAGCAGCAGGAGCAACAACAGCAAGAGCAGCAACAUGAGCUGCAGCAGGAGGAGCAACAGGAGGAGCAGCAGCAGCAGCAGCAGCAACAAAUGCACGAGCAACGGCCAGCGGCACCGUCCCGCCAUCCGGCGGUAUCGCAAUGGAACCUCGAGGCCGGCAACGACCUGACGGAUGUGCUGAAAAUUUCCAACAUCCUCAAAACCUGCCACAACGGUAGCGACAGCGACCGCGGCAAGGACGGCCAUUACGAUGACGGACCGCCGACCGACCGGCCGACCGUCAUCAGCAGUACGAACAGUGGCGGUGCGCACCAGGCGGGCGGAGGCACUGCCCCCGAUACCGAGCCGGUGAUGGUGCUGGCGAACGGGCUCGUCUCGGCCGCGAUGAACGGCGGGUGUGACGGUGCGGUGCAGCCGACGCUCAACUGGUACUACCCUCACGCGCUCUACGCGUGCGUCGAGGACGAGCAGGAGCUGGAGCGCAUCGAGGAGACGAACCUGCGGACGCGCUCGAUCGUGUACCGCGACAUCCGGCGGCCGGGCCGGGACUACGCCCAGCUGCUCAAGCAUCUCGAGCUGGUGGAGGGCAGCCGAGCGACGCGCAAGCACUUCGUGGACGCGUGCGUGCAGGAGGCGCGCCGGUUCCGGCGCCACCGGAUGGUGGAGUGCAUACAGGAAUGGUGGGCCCGGUCGCACGCGGCAACCGGCAUGAAGCGGUCGCGCCACAAGCAGCAGCAGCAGCAGCAGGAGGGCGACGGCGGUUCGACCAACACGUACUACGCGUACGGCAACAGCGACGGGCUGCUGGAGGACGAGCAGGAGCACGCCCUCACGCCGGACAAUCUGUUCUUUGCGCACGAUGCCGGCGCGUCCGCGUACGGCAGCAGCAGUGAGACGUACCGCAGCACGACACCGCCGGGUGCGGCCGCCUACCUGAACAACAGCAUCGGCGGCCCGUACGGGACCAUUGAAUUUAGUCAUAACAAUCACUUUGCGGAGGCGGUGCACGUACCGUUCUCCUAGCUCGUUGGUGGAGCGGUGCAUCCGCGCACCACCCUUUAGUUUCAUUCGUUUGCGACGCCAGUCAACGCCAGUAUCAACUAAUGCAGCCGGUUUCGGGCAGGGUUUGACGCGGCGGCUUGGUGCAAUAGUUCCAAUCAAUCCAGUGCAAUAUUAUUGCAAUAAUUCUGUGGCGGUGCGGCAACGCUCCUGCAUUGCCAACCGCCUGCAGCGAUUCGGUACAUUGCACCGGUCGGUUUGUCUGUGAAACGCCCCGGCCCACUGCGCCAAGGGAUGACUGCGCCAGACGGAGAAAUGCUCAGUAUGUUUGGUUUAUUGUGUGCGAGUUGCUUUACUAUAAUUUUACUUUUAAACUUUUGCGUUUCUGUAGGCGUACACCGUAACAGGCGCUUUUUUUAUUCGUUUCUUUUUUCUUCCCCUACCCCCCUUUCCCCUUCUUGAUUGUGCUUGAAGUGCUCCACACCAUUGAAGCAAUCACGCCCUUAUUAUAAAUGACUCGAAACCCUCCCCGCUAUCGGGCUUGGUGGUAUCGUCUUAUCGCUAAUAGUGAUGGGAGCGCUGUGGAGCGGCUACGAUUCCGAGUGGGUCACAGUCGGAGCUGGGCGUGGAACCACUCCGGCCAGCUCCGAACGAUGCCGACCGAACGUACGCUCCCGAGCCGAUUCCAGCAUGUUGGGAGUUGGGAGGAGCGGAUUUUUGGCUUUUGCUUUGCGAACAGUACCCUCGCCCUCCCUUCACGGUAUCCCUGUACUGGCUGGCUAUCAGUGACUUAAUAAUCGAUCCUAUACAGCCGGCUAGCUAGUUCUGUGCGCGCGGUAACGCCCUGCUGAGCGAGCUGUACAGCUCGAAAGAGGAUGAGUGUUGCCGUGCCGCAGAACGAGGUAAUAUACGAAGCAAUAUACAAACUGUGUAAUAUGUUUUCCAUUUUUGGUUGAUGCCCCGCCCCCCGAUUUUAAUACGUCUUUUAACUUUAUUUUUAUACGUCUUUUAACUAAGUGUAGCGUUAACUUAAACAGUACUUUUAUGUAUCAUUCUUUGGAUCGCUGUACGCUAUCAAAGACCUAGAAAGGAAAAAAAUAGAACAAUAAGCUAAAAUUACUACAUCUA